AGGUGGGUGGAUAGAUGGAUGGAUAUCAUCACUGUGCGGUGGUUCCCAUCAGGGUAGCCUGAGUCUCCCCACCCCCUCCCCUCAUCCCUCUCACUCCAGGCUGUCAUUUCACUUUCCUAAAAGCCUUCCCUUUGCCCAUGAUGCCAGUGACUAGCUGUCCUGAAGCAAUAGCUAGUACUUUCCCUCCUUCCUGCCACCUAGCAUCCAGCCGAACCUUGAAUCAAUACCAGUAAAAUGGGUGUGAACGGAAGGAGGCUGCUCAUUAUUUGCCAUUAUUUACCUCUGAGUCUGUGCAUUCCCAUUCCUUCCCAUAUUAAUUCUCUCCCCGCGCAGCUCCCCCUCCCCUUCUCUCUCCUUGGGAACUGGUUCAACCAGAGUACAACCAGCUCAUCUGCAUCUGGCCCUAAAGAACCUGCGGGAGCCAGAGGCAGAGGAAGAGAGAAGUCUGCAUAGGAGCUGCAGCGCGGUGCAGCGAGCACACACCCCGGCCCGCGCCGCCCCGGGCUCGCCCAUGAGGCCUCUGCCGGGGAGGAGGAAGACCCGAGGCAUCUCCCUAGGGCUCUUCGCCCUCUGCCUGGCCGCAGCCCGCUGUCUGCAGAGUCAGGGCGUGUCCCUGUACAUUCCUCAGGCCACCAUCAAUGCCACCGUCAAAGACGACAUCCUGCUCUCCGUUGAGUACUCCUGUCACGGAGUGCCCACCAUCGAAUGGACGUAUUCGUCCAACUGGGGAACGCAGAAGAUCGUGGAGUGGAAACCAGGGACUCAGGCCAACAUCUCCCAAAGCCACAAGGACAGAGUCUGCACCUUCGACAACGGCUCCAUCCAGCUCUUCAGUGUGGGAGUGAGGGAUUCCGGCUACUAUGUCAUCACCGUGACGGAACGCCAGGGGAGCAGCCAGUUUGGCACCAUCGUGCUGCACGUCUCUGAGAUCCUCUAUGAAGACCUGCACUUUGUCGCUGUCAUCCUUGCUUUUCUCGCUGCUGUGGCCGCAGUGUUAAUCAGCCUCAUGUGGGUUUGUAAUAAGUGUGCAUAUAAAUUUCAGAGGAAGAGAAGACACAAACUCAAAGAAAGCACAACUGAGGAGAUUGAGCUGGAAGAUGUUGAAUGUUAGCCAAGGCUGGGCCUAACUGCAUUCCUACCUCAAGAGGAAACCAUUCUCCAACAGAAAAGAGCAAGCACAGCUAUUAUACCCAUUGUAUGUGGUCCUGUUGCAGCCCGCUCCUGACAGGACAGCAGGAGAUUAACACUGACUGCAUGGAGUUGAGGAUCGUGGAUGGACAAAGCUAGUUUUAGGACUCACGCCAAGUUCAAGGAGAAGAGUGAUUGAGGCCUUGAACCAGGAGCUUUGCUUGGCUGCAGCGUCACAGCCGUGCUGACCCAUAACCAAUGGGUGAGUGCAAGCGUUGGCUGCUUGCUCAUGACACUCGCUCUGGCGUGCAGGAUGGCCUGUUGUCAGAGUCCCUGUAUCAGAGGCCAGAGGAUUUCCAGAUGGGUGUGCAGCCAGCAUUAGAACAUGCUUUCUGUGCUCCUGUCUGCUCUGCAACUGCUGUGCCUACCAGUACCCCAUCUGAUAUCCCACAACCAAGCACGAUUGUGGGAGCUAUCGUGAGAAAACCUGAGGCUUUCAGACAAUCUGCUGCCUCAGAGCAGACGUGAAGAGACUAGGGGUGGGGGUUGGUGCUGUUGUGCUGCAGUGAGUUGCUGAGGUGAGGCCCGGUGGCUGGGAGUUUUACGGAGGAGGAGCUCAGUGGAUUCCUGAGAGGCUACCUUUGCAUACAAGGAAUAGAGAGAAAAUUAUCUUUCUCUUCCUCCAUCAUUCCAACAUUAAUUGGAUUUUCCCUCCCAUGGCUCAAAUUUAGGCCACUGUAAGUAAAACAACAGCUCAUCUCUGCUAUGGGCAGCACCUGGCCUCCUGAAGCGCUGGAUGCCACCUGUGUGAAAGCUGAGCUUGCACAGUGGGUGAUGCAGCUGGAAAAUCAGUCAUCUCGGGCUUUGGAUCUGUCCCCCUCAGUCACUAACGCUUCACGUCUCAAGUCAGGCCCUUGCCCUCUCCUACUUGGGCUGAGGAACGCUUGGCCUUUGCCUACCUCACAGUCAGGGUAUCAAGAGAAGCCCACAGUAUGCACAGAGUUCUCUGAGCAACUUAUGAAAAGCAUGAGGCUUCAAGGAUCUGGAAAGCUAUACUGGAAAAUGCUAUUCUGAGUAUUAGAAAUUGAUAAAAAUCACCUAAGGUCUUGGGGCUCCAGGUGAGACUGAGGACUGGACCACAGCUGGCUGUGGCCAUUAUUCCCUCCGGUUGUUGGUCACCAUGUUCACCUGUUUCUCCAUCCCAACUUCCAUUUGACAAGCUCUAAAUGGAGGCAUGGAUUUAUCUUCCAUUCUCUUCUCUCUCCAAUAUUCAUAGCUAUAGACCAAAAGUACCACCCGAUGAUGAUGUGUUCCUAGUCCUCAGCUGCAAAGUCACCCAUGCAAAGGUUAAGAAGUGCUAGAACAUUCCUUUCUCUUCUCCCUCCUUUCAGGUCUCCAAUGUCCAUAUCUUCUCUAUGUCCUAUGUGGCAGAGAAGGAUUUGUUUGGAUAAGUUACAACCCUUUCCCUCAAUAUUGAAUCCAGAGUUGUGGGAAGGGAUCUCUCAGAAUAUUCAGACAGGAACUGUCAGUAUCCAGAGUAGGACUCCCACAGCACUGCUUGAUUCAAAAGGUGAGAGCAGUUGGUCUACACAACAGAUGUGUAGCUCUAGCACCUGACAGGUAGAAGAUACCCUCAAGGCGCCUCCUAUAGACACACGAGUAAACUCACACACUGUGCCCUUUCCCCAUGCAGCAGUCAAAGGAACCAGGCCCUCGGCCAGGACAGUUUCCAGUGCUGUGAAGAAACGAGGUGAGGAGUAUCCAAGGGGCUCAAGGAUAAUCUGCUGAUUUCUUUCUUGUCUUUCACACAGAGAGGCCACCAGCAGGAAAGCAGUAGGAGUUGGGUAGCUGCUGGGGGCAGCAUGUCCUCUUCCACACUACCUGCCUUUCAGAACUCUGCUCUUCCACUUGUCCGAAGUCAGGGCUGGCAAUCUGCAUAAUCAAAGGAGAGUUGGAAAAGAACAUCCACUGAGAGGCCUCCACGGCAGAUGUCAAUUAAAUUGCCCCCCAAAAUCUCAUGACAGUUUAUUCACAUCAGUAGUGUGGGAAGUUACAGUUUUUUUUUUUUUAAAAAGCUUCUUUCCUUGGCUUCCCAUUUCUUUGGAAAAAGGGUUUCUUUUGAACUUUUAAAGCUCUGCCAUCCUGAACAUUCCUGUGGAAAGUUUUAAAAUCCAAAGCCUGCGGUUUUUAUUUUUCUAAUAAAUAAAAAUCACAGAGAUUAGCUAGUAUAAAUAUUAAGCUAUAAAUUAUGUUUCAAA